UCCAUUUGUCCCAGGAAGGACAAUGGCGUGCCUCUCUCUUGGGUCUCUGCACCAUUUUCCUACUUUCAGUCCUAGUCUGUUUGCUUUUUUGCCUUAAAGUUGUAGGCUACAGUUCUGUUCUUGAGACACUGGAUGUCGGCUUACAUAGGGGAAAAUGGACUGCAUGGGUAUUUUCAUUCUUGCCAUGUAACCUUCCCCUACAAACUUAGCAGAACUGAGACCUUCAGAGGAGUAGCCCACACUGAUGCCUAUUUUUCCCCAAGACCUUUUUCUUUUAUGUCUGAAAGCUGAAAGUACACCAGGUAUCCCUGAUGAUGUUCAAGAAUUUGUUCUCUCUGGGAUUUUCUCCUCUACAAAAAAUGCCCUAAACUAAACAAAAAACCCCACAGACACAUCCCACAAAAAAAAAAAAAAAAAAAAAAAAAAAAAAGCCUGCAUCUCUUUUGGCCUACUGGUAACUUAAAAGUUAAUGUGACUGUUUCUUCUCUUGGGCUUGCAACAACAGGUACCCGUAAACAUCUAUGGAUAAUGGAGUUGGACUUUCUAGGGAAUGCAGUGGAUGCUUAUUGUCAUAGUUUUGACUGUAAGGACUGGAUUCUUCCCUAUUGCUGAGUGUUUAUUCUUUGCAUUUCCUCUUACCUCUUUUGGCUGCUUCUUCUUGGCCUUGGCUUGCAUGCAUGGAACUUCUGUUACUGCUCACUUUCUGGGCACCUGGAGUUUCACUGUCCAGUUUAUUUCUUCCUCUGUCCUCCCCCCUCACACAGAGGGUCAGACCACCCAGUGACUGACAGCCUGCAAUUUCCCUGUUUGCAUCCAGACUGACAACCCAGCUCUUGGAGGACUUAGGGCUGGCAUUGCAGCAAGUGCUGAGUAUACUGAGUGCACAGGGGUCUGAAACAAGUGACCCUUGUCACAACAACAACACAGAGAGGUGGAUUUUGUGAUUAUGUGGCCAGAUGAGUGCCUGCUCUGUUUCUCCGAGAAAAUUUAGUUAUUAGGAAAAUUGACAUAUUGUUUCAGACUUAUUUGCAAUAGAUGCAGGGAGCUGGAUCUUGUGUGUCCUUACAGAAUAUUUUUUGAUGCAUCUUAAGCACUGUUCCUUUUUUGCUACUGGCCCAUGAAUCCUGGGGGCCAGUGGGGAGUCUCUCUGCUUCCUCUUGAGACUGAGAUGCUUUUCUCUGUCCUGUGUGUUGCAGGGAGGCAUGUGGCACAGCCCAGCCAUCCACCUGGAGAUUGCAAAUUCCACGGAAAACUUCCCUCUGCCCUUGCUCUACAUUUCACCCCUGUGGCUUGAUGACAUCUAGCAGGGCCUUUCCCCCUCUCUGGUAUUUAUGCCAAGCUUGGCAGUACUCAACUGCCGUUCUUGGGCUGAAUUUUCUGCUACAAAAUCUCAGUGAUUCUUCCCAGCUUUUGGCACAUCUUUUCCCAGAUGCUUAACUUUGCCUUGAUUUCUCCACAGAGGAGAAACUGAGAUCUUGUUUCCCACAGCAAGAUACUUUGUUUUUCUGAGGUAUUCCCUCUUAUAUCAUGUAUCAAAAAUCUAUCCAAGAGUGUCUUCUGAUGUUCCUCCUCCUUUUAGUUGAGUUCCCUUCUGGUGAUGCAGGCAAAGCACUGAGAAGGUUGUGAAGACUGAGACAAUGUUUUCAAAUCCUGGAGACUUGAAAAACCUAUUUUGAGCUAUAACAGAUGCUACUGGACAUAUGGAACAGCUGAGGGGACUUACAGUAGGACUAUAAAUGUUCUGCAGAUCUUUAUGUCCCUGACUCAGUGGGUGGGUUUCCUAUAGGAACCAAAAGCUGGGGAGAAGUAGAUAUAAUGCAAAUCACUAAUGUUCAUGACUUUCCUGUGGAAAAUUUGCCACAGGGAAUUGGUAAUAGCAUAUAUUUGGUGAAAUAGGGCUCAUGGUAGCCAAAAAGGUAGCCUAAACAACAGCCCUGAUGUAGGAGGAAGGUCUCACUGACCUGUGGCUAACUUGAGACUAAAGUUUUUACACCUCUCUAUAUAAAUUUGAGACUCCCAGGCCAGCAUGUAAACUCUUUAUUGGUUUAUUGGUAUAUUUUACUAUCUGGAAUACUUUUGUCCUGAAGGAGGUUUGGAUUCUGUGCAGUCUGGUCUAGUCAAAAGUAAUCCCAUGGUCCCCUGUUCUUCACUUGUCUUCUUUGUCAUCUCUCUUCCUCUUCCUUCCAUCCUGCUCCCUAGCAGUCAGGCUGCACUAUUUCAUGCUUCAUUUCCCAGCAAACUUUGUCCCUCUGCAAAUUUUUCCAAAUUCUAAAGCAGCCCUUCUACCAGCACCACUGGCCUGAGCACUGCAUGAGCCAUGGUAAUUGGUGUUGCCUGCAGGGACAUUUCAUAUUUCUCCCAUCUCUCCUGGUCCCAGCUUACAGCCAGGUGCUACACAACCAUUCUGUCUCCCUCUCCCAGCAGUCUUCAGCAAAGGUGCUGUGUGAUGCACAUCCACACACAGGCUUUGCACACUGCUUUGAAUGCAGGUAUGUUGCUCACAGACCUCAUGCAGCACAAGGAGCUGGAGGAAGAUUAGCUUGCCUGUAUGCCAUGGAGCCCUUCUCUUCAUGCUUCAGUAUGCCUGGCUCAGCUGGCAGUCAGGCUGGACUCUAUUAUUCAACUGCGUCCACCCCCAAGUUCAGUGUAGAGAAUUUUAUUUGCCCGAUUCCCUGUUGGCUUACCGGCAAAAUGUCAGAGCAUCACUUGUCUUCUCCUCUCCACUUCCUGCAGAAAAGAGAGUGGCACUGAUCCUACAUGGACAUCCCAACUAGUUUUCCCUGGUUUCUUCUCCAGUGCCUCCGGCCAUGUAAUCCCCAAAAUGUGUUCACAGCCUGUCAGAGUGGUGACACUCUGUGCCAACACAUGGUGAUCCCUGCUCCCACUGCUGUUCCACAGCACAGCAGUUUCAUAAGAGCAGCUCUACAAUGCCAGCGAUGCAUCAUAUGCCAUGUACCAAGCUGUAGGCCACUGCAGUAUGUGUAGCCUUCUGCAGGAUUGCAUUGCAGGCCUGACUGCUGAACCAAGACUCUCAGUUUACCUCCUGCUCUGUUCUCCUCAGCUCUUGUUCAGUAUCCAGUGGCUGUCACAUUUUUCCUGCUCCCAGUCUGUCUGAGCAAUGGUCCCCAUGAUUUCUCUGGGGACUCUGCAAGGUUCUACAGUCUUACAGAUCACACAGCCCUGUGUAAGUUCUUGCUUGCUCUCCCUCUGUUUCUGUGCCUGUGUUUUAUAUUCAGUUGUCAUAAAGGCAGCAGGAACAAGUCAUAGAAUCAUAAAACCUUAAGGUUGGGAAAGAACUGAUAUCAUUAAGUCCAACUUUUGACCAAACACCACAGAUUGUUUAAACUUACCUUUCCUGUGUCCUAUUUCUUGAUUUUAGGGAACCUGAACAAGGGUGACUUAAUUGCAUCUCAGAACUACAUCUAGUGAUAGUGUGCAAUCAAGUCUGUAUUUAGCCCAUGCCACCAACUCAUCAGAACAUUUCAGUUGGUAACUCACCCCACACUGGCUUCUUCCUAAAGAGGAUUUUCACAUACUGUGGAGAAAUCUCUGGCCUGGUGCAUUUUCAAUUAUUUUUUUUUCUGUAUAUUGCAGAAAAAAAGGUUCUGAUGUUAGAAGUGGUGUUCCUUGACAUCUUUCCUUACUCACAAUAUACCUCUUUAGAUUUAGCAAUUAACUUUUCACCCCAUGGCCCUGGGGUGAGCAAGACUUGAGGUUCCAGCCACUAGUGGAGACUGGUAUUGAUGGAAGGAAGUAUGCCUUGAAUAUAGAUCAUCCUGGACUUAUGAGCAGCAUUGUCAUGGGGGAGGUUGGAAAAGAAGGUGCUGAGAACAAAAGAUGGACCUUAAAAAGGAGAAAGAGGGUGAACCCUUGGUAAAAGAAGGGAAAAAAUUGAAGGCAGUGCAGAUUUCUUGGAGGGGGAGAUAAGGGGCUAUAGGCUGCCAUCCAACUGCUGCAUUCAUAUUGGGGAGCCAUAAUCCUCACCCCAGUUCUGUGCUGGAGCUGCAACCAGCAUAGACAGGGUCCUGUAGUUCUCACACAGCAGAGUGCAGGGCAGAGGUCUCCAAUUUGCUGUGGUUUGACUCAGAGCCAGAAUAAGGAGGACAGCAGUCUGACAGCCCCAAGCUGCGUUGCACUGUGACGCUUCAGCCCGGGUCAGUGUUAGUCUGAGCAUCUUUGAUGCAUGUUACUGCUCAGUGGAGACUGGUCCCAGGGUUGGGCAGUAAUUUUGGCCAGAGCUUGCUCCAUAUAGGUAGACAAAAAUAAUUUUUCAUGCUCUGUUAAUCAUCACUCUAGUGCUGGUUCAAUAUUAUUUGAAUUUACACCCUGGAGCAGCUGAAUUGUUCCUGUACUUAAAUUAGUUGAAGGUCAGUGAUCUUGAAACCUCUUCCUUGUUACCCUCUCUUCCUCUCCUCCCCUUGGCACUCCUCCACAGAAGGAGCAAAGUACACAUGCCAUCUUUGUGAAGGAAAUCCUGGGUGAUUUGGGGGAAGGGCGAUGCUACCUUCUUCUGUAGUGAUAAAAAGGGAGUGAUUUGCAAGUAAAAGAAGGAAGGACAAGAAGAAAAGGAAUGUAAGAGUAAAACAUAAUGUUUAUCUUUACCCAGCCUCUUCACUCAAUAAUCCCCCAUGUCCAAAGGCACUGAGAUCUAAAUGCAAGAAAAAGAAAGUGUUGUGUGUCUCUGCAGUGCUGCAUUGCCCUGUCAAGGAAGAGCCAGGAAGUUGCUUAGGGGGAGGAAGGUUUUAAGCCACAAUGGGGUGAAACACCAGCCUUUCCUUUCCAUUCUUAAUGUGCUUGAGCUGCUGGCAUGCACAGCUGUGCUUAGGUGGGAGUGGGAAAAACAGAGCUCUUGGAGAGAGCUUGUUCAGAUUGUUUCUGUGCCAAGGAGUGUGUUUGAACAGAGUCCCCUGGGGCAUGAACUGCUGAGCACCAGGCUCGGCCUGGCAGGAGCGGGUGGCAGAGGCAGGGCUAGAUUCCAUAACACGGGAUUGGCACAUCAGUCUCAGCGGGUGAUACAUGCCUGGGGCAGAGGUAAAACUCCACACAGAGCUGAGUUAGAGUCUGAGCUUUCUCUUGCCUAGACACAAACAGGGAUGGCAGGAGCCCAGGGGAAGGACGUGGGGGGUUUGCGCUGGUAGAGCAGCACAGGGGGGGAGUUUGCUGAAUCAGCAACUCCUCAGAGCUGGAAGAAAAAUUUUUCCUACCCUCUGCCAGUACUUCAUGCAGAUCCAAAAUACAGUUCCCAGAACUGUCCCUAUAUAUAUUAGCAAGAAGGCAACUGUCUGCAUAUUUUUCUGCAAGAAAGUAUGGCAAGUGAUGCGGCACUGAGCGGUGAGCCUGGGGUAAUGGAUGUCCUGAAGGGAAUGCUGUGAAGUAUAACCCUGAGGGGCUUAAUCUGCCGACUGCCAGGAAGCAGGUUGCGCUUCCUGUCUCCGAGGAAGCUUGCUGACAAGACCAAGGACUGGAAGCAGGCAGAGUACCGGCCGCAGGGCUGGCGUCAUGUGCAGUGCCCUUCGUUACAGCAUCCUCGUUGCAGGAACAGCGAGCUGGGAAAACUACAGUUCCCAUCACCCUUUUGUGCAUGUCCCUGCGAAACUACAGUUCCCAGAACCUUUUAAUGAGCCAGAGAGGAUGUCCAAGGAAAUAAAUGCCGACGAUUUUUGCAUAACACCCUGCACCACCGGAGUGCUGACCGGCCCAUGGUCUGUGAAAACGGGAACAGGGGAAAAGCCAAGCGAGUGUCAGCGCUGUGGAGCUGUGGCUUUGCCCACCGCAAUAGCCGCAGUGAUAUUCUCCAGCGCCGAGCAAACUUCCUCCUCUCAGGACUCCCUUGGUAGUCACAGGGAAGAUCCUGGUCCCCAGGAAACACGGCUGCUGCGAAGGGAGAGGCAGAUAAACUACAGAUCCCGGCAUUCUCCGACAGGCAGCACCUGCGGCAGUCCCUGCACGCCGUGGGGGAGGCAGACUCUGUGUCGGGAGCAGAAAUCUUUCCUGUGUCGCUUGUGCCAGGGCGAGGAGCUGCAGUCGGACCGGGAUGAAACUGGUGCAUACCUAAUAGAUCGGGACCCCACUUACUUUGGACCGAUUCUGAAUUUCCUCCGUCAUGGAAAGCUGGUCCUGGAUAAAGAUAUGGCUGAAGAGGGGAUCCUUGAAGAAGCUGAGUUCUAUAACAUUGGUCCUUUGAUCCGAAUAAUCAAGGAUCGAAUGGAGGAGAAGGACUACACAGUAACACAGGUGCCUCCUAAGCAUGUCUACCGUGUGCUGCAGUGCCAGGAAGAGGAGCUCACUCAGAUGGUUUCCACUAUGUCAGAUGGAUGGCGCUUUGAGCAGCUUGUGAACAUUGGCUCAUCCUAUAAUUAUGGGAAUGAGGAUCAGACAGAAUUCCUGUGCGUGGUCUCCAAGGAGUUGUACAACUCCCCCAAUGGCCUGGGCUCUGAGCCCAGCCACAAAGCCAAGAACACAGAGGAGGACCUGGAGGAGGAAGAGCAGGAGGUGGAGGAGGAGGCAGAGGCAGAAGCAGAAGCAGAGGAGAAAGACCGUCCAUCUAUUCGGGAUUGUGCUAAACUCUCUUCCUGCGGACCCUCCCUCCUGCUCCCUUCCGCGUCCAUCCCAGCACUGCCAUCUACCUCCCACAUUGCCCCACUCGCCAGCCUCCAGCAUCCUUCCCUCUGCUCUCCUUGUCCCUCAGGGCUCAGAGUGGUCUCUGCCCAGGGCCCUGUCUCUCUCUGCUCCUCACUUUUCCUCCUCUGCAGGUAUGUUACCUGUCUGCACUCCCAGCUCCUGCCAGCCUGAGCUCUGCAUGAGUGACUCACUUCCCUCUUGUGGGUAUGGCCCUGGUUUGUAGAGCUUGGGGAGGGGAAGGAGGGAGGUGUGAGGUUGACUCAUCCCUAAGGUGGCUUUACAUAUUCUGAUCCUAUGCGUGCCUUUACCUGCCAAGCAGAUCCUAUGGCUGUGGACCAGAGGCUCUGGCAGCAGAAAGGAGAGUGCAGCUGGGAGAGGGGUGGAAAUGAAUGCAAAGCAGGCCGGGGUGGUUUGGGGAAGGGGUGGAAUUUUGCCACGUGUCUGCGUGACAUGCAUGCCAGAUCGCUUCUCCAGACUCCGUCCACAGCUCCUUUGCCUGCCAGCCCGGGCAGUUUGCAGAAGGCAGCCUGUUAUUUUUCCUUCCCUGGGCUUUUCCCCCACAGGUUCUGCCAGGGUGAGAAUGCAGUGGGAAAAGUGGCAAAAGCAAAGCAGAAGCAGCUGGUCCCUGCUGCAGAUGCUCUCACAGCUGUGUGCAAAAUGAGCCUCUCUGCUCUGCCUCCUGCUUAGGAAGGCUGGCUGGGCGACACACAGAGGGCUGGGUAUGGAAAGUGUUAGAAGGAGGAUUCCUCUCCAUACUGCAGAACUGUGAGGCUCUUGUUAAAUUGGAGAUGCUCAGUGUCAGUCUCCACCCGGUCCUGAUGGAGGGCAGUUGUUAGCUGGCUGACAUUUCUCUCUCCCUCUGUUUGAAAGCCUACUUGUCUGUGGCUGUGGGACCUGAGUUGUAUUAAGACUCAGUGUAUGUUAAUCACAUGGACUUUUUCUUCCUUCUGUUCUGUUUUCCCACCCUCAUUUAUUUUCUUUUUCUUCUGUUUGUGUUUCCUCUGUCGUUUCCCCUUUUCUGUUUCUCACUCUCCCAUGCUCAGUUGCUUUUUUUCCUACCACUGAUUGUGUUUCUCUCUCUCUCUCCUUCUCUAGCUGUUACAAGCCAGAGAUCUGAGGAUGUGAUCUGAACACUCCACUCCAGCCUUUUCAUUUCUUGUUUAUAUCUUUAUUUUUGUACUGCAGUGUAUGGCAGCCCUUUCUCCCACAGUGACGCCCCAGCCCCCUUCACUCUUCACGUGCAGCCAUUUUUUUUUUUUUACAAACUCACCUCGGAGGCCUGAGCUUCCAGCCCUGGAGGAGGGCAGAUGUUGCAUGGAGCCCCUGAGCUGCUGUAGGAGCGGGAGCCCACAGCCCCCUCCUAUGCCUGGCAGUCUGGCUUUCCUUAAUGUCACAGUGGCCCCUGGUGGGGACAUCAGCGAUCAGCCACUGCAGCCUGCGGUCCCUUCCUGAGCACCCUGGGUGCAAAUGCGGACCGAGGUGGUGGCAGCUGUGGAAAGGACCAGCCCUUGCCCUUUCACUGUUGCAGGCAACUGGUGUGGGCUUGUGGCCUGGGGACAAAUGCAGAGCCACCGUCCUUUUCUAAGCCACCCGUAUCGCUCGGAGGUGUCCCUGUGCUGGGUAUCACGUUCCUUGGUGCCUCCCUCCCUGUCCCCCAAAGCAGCUCUGUGCCAGCAGUGUGAGAAGGAGACUGGUGUGCUGCCUGGGUACCAUGAACAUGCUGGUACCUGGUGAUGUUUCAGCCAGCAGCAAGCAGAUCCCAGUUUUGGGAAGCAGGGUGUUUGCUUCACUGCUGUGUCUGAAGACUCCUGAAUAAAAUUCACAGUCUGUUCCUC